CCGAAUGAACAUCCUCUGAGACUGGCGAUGUCAACAUUUUUGCCAGGAGUUUGUAUUCAAGGGUUUGACUCUUCUCUGAACUUAACAUGCGUGUUUUGGGAAUCUGUGAAGAAGUGGGAGACUGCCACACAGCGAGAGCUUCAUCUUAGAGUUGGACCCAGACGCUCAAAAUCGUGGGGCAGACUCCUCCCCACCAGUCCACCGUACCGCCUCUGUAGCCCGUCCUUAUAAUUAAAUUAUUAUAGAUAAAAAUAAUCCAACGUGCAGGUGCUUAUAUAUGCCCCUGCUUGCGUUGAGCCAGCCUCCCUUCUCCACCCCCCACCCCCUGCGUGUUUCUAUAGUAAUUUCCAGCCAAUGAUCAGUAGGUGUCCGCAUCUCCGCGUCCUCACCUCAGCACCAAUCAGCCACACACAGCGACAAGCAGCGGCGGCGGAGCCAGCGAGCAGUCAGGCAGGCAGGCGGAGAGACGCGCUCAUACACACUCCACAAAGCCCGGGAUCAGGACGCACAGCAACUCCCACUCCUCCAACGAGCCCGUCGUUAUUUUGAACAGGGGGGCUGGACAAAAACACGGUUUCUGCACUUUUUCUUUUUUUUUUUUCUUUUUCUUUUUUUUUUUUUUUUUUUUGUUUUUGGUCUUUUUGGAAUCAAAGUCACUACCAACAAGAAGAUGGCUCUUUUGUUUUGAGCGCGUUUUGGAGUCUGAGCGUCUCUUCUUCUGUUUUUCUUUCCCCCCUCCCUCCAACCCCCACCCCAGUCCUCCUUUCUUCUUUUACCACCUCCACGCUGCGCUCCACGCAUCUCUCGGCGGUAAUGUGCGCGUGCACAGCCGCAGGCUGCUAACGCCUCGGGAGCUUCUCGCAACGGGAACCUGCGCCAGACAAGAUAGUUCAGGAUGGUACAACGCUGUUGGUAAGCAGCUGGAGUUCGACAAAGGCCGGAGUCACCUCGCUCGGACCCCCUCCUUCGUCCUUUAAACGCCGACAAGCCCUCCCUCAGCCAUGGCGAACCUAAGCAGCGCGCUUUGCAUCGAAAAUGGACAAAACGCGGACGUGUCGCUCUUACAAAAGGAUAAUCUUCAAGACGGUGGAUUAAGCCAGCUUUUGGAUUAUAACGCCGAAAUGGAAAGGUACCGCUCUUUUGCAAACUUUUACAAAACCAACGGGGCCUUCCCGCAGGCGGCCAAGAUCGCUCGCAUCACGACGCCCAUUUUCCCCAGCGCCAGGAUCGGCAUGUCCCCUUGGAACUGUGAUAACGCCAUGCUUUGGGGGAGGAAAUCGGCGGCAAUAAACCCUAAUAGGACCAGCAUGCAUAGAAAUGACUCCCAGAGGCCGGGUAAGCCUGGCGUGCCGCCAGAGACGCUGCAAAUGGCAAAUAAUAAUUUCCUCUCUACCUUAUCCCCCGAACACUGCAGACCUUUAGCGGGAGAAUGCAUGAACAAGCUGAAAUGCGGCGCUGCCGAAGCAGAGAUAAUGAAUCUCCCCGAACGCGUUGGAACUUUUUCAGCGAUUCCGGCUUUAGGGGGCAUCUCAUUACCUCCCGGGGUCAUCGUCAUGACAGCCCUUCACUCCCCCGCAGCCUCGGCAGCCGUUACAGACAGUGCGUUUCAAAUUGCCAAUCUGGCAGACUGCCCACAGAAUAAUUCCUCGGCAUCCAGUGGAAACCCGGCAAAGAAGAAGAGGAAAAGGUGUGGGGUCUGCGCGCCCUGCAGGCGGCUAAUCAACUGCGGUGUCUGCAGCAGUUGUCGGAACCGCAAAACGGGCCACCAGAUCUGCAAGUUUCGGAAAUGUGAGGAGCUGAAGAAGAAGCCGGGCUCGUCGCUGGAGAGGACGCCGGUCACUAAUGGCGAAGCGUUUCGGUGGUUCUUCUAGAGACGCCGGCCGCCGUCAUCCAUCACCCGGCAGGAGGUCACGAUCGACCGUGGAUCGUCUGCUCGGAGCAUGUGACCCAAAGCGCCCCCCACCCCAAGUGCACACACGUGCUCACACAACACACGCCCC